GCUACAUUUUCUUGAUCGCGAUAACAAAUCUGAGCCGGACGGGUGGUGCAUUGGAGGAUACAUUGAUCUUUGAGCGCAUUUGUGCUUUAUGAUUCGCUAUAUAGGCCCUAGUUGUUUUUCUUAUAUACACCGUCAAUCCUAAUUGUAAUUUGCAAUUUUUUUGACUUGCACAAUUGAUAGUAGUUUGAUUAAUUCACCACAAACUAAUAUUUUUGCCAAUUAACACACUUCUCAUAUUUUAGAACUUCAAUCCAUUUCUAACAGGAAAAAAAUUCACUGAGCGUUCUUACAAACCCAUAUUCGAAUUCACUCAGAGUCAUUUGUGAGAAAUACGUUACUUCAUUCAGUGAUUACAAGUGGUACAUUCAAACUCAUCCCGGAGAAGAGACACAUAUCUUUAAUCGCUGUGGAAAAAGUUCAGUUGCAUAUUCAUUACGAUUCAUUCUCAUUCCUAUUUUGGAUUCCAAUUUAGAUGCACGUUCAUUGACAAAUGAACAAUGAAGAGAAAUUUUAUGUUUGUGAGCAAUGUGGAAAUUGUUUUUCAAACUAUUCUGAAUUAGAACUGCAUGUUCGAUUUCAUACUAAAGAAAAGCUACAUAUUUGUGAGCACUGUGGAAAACGUUUUUCUCUAAAAUUCAGAUUGAAACAGCAUAUACGAAUCCAUACAGGAGAAAAGCCAUACACUUGUAAACACUGUGAAAAGUGUUUUGCUGUAAAUGGUCAUUUGAAAAGACAUAUUCGAAUCCAUACGGGAGAAAAGCCAUACACUUGUAAACACUGUGGAAUGUGUUUUUCCCAAAAAUCUUUCUUGGAAGGCCAUAUGCGAACGCAUACUGGAGAAAAGCCAUACGCUUGUAAACAAUGCGGAAAGCGUUUUUCUGGAAAUCCUGACUUUAGUGGCCAUAUGCUAACCCAUACUGGAGAAAAGCCAUAUUGUUGUGAACAAUGUGGAAAAGGUUUUUCUCACAAGUCUAACUUGAAAAGACAUGCAAGAACUCAUACUGAAGUAAAGCCAUUUGCUGAAAAGGUCGUUAGUUAGAGACAAUGAGGGAUUGCACACUGAAGAAAAACCGUAUAAAUGAGAAGUGUGUUAAAACAUUUAUGCAAAAUAGACAAUUGAAAUUCAUCUGCAGUAAACUUCAGAGAAUAUAAUAAAAAUAAUUCAUUACAAAGACUUUCCAUGGUCAAGCAACAUGUGUAUGUACUGGGAAUAAGCAGGUUACUUCAACAACUGCUGAACAGGCGUAGCAUAUAAGUUGCAUACUUUUAAAUAUGCUGAUAGAACACAUCGAGUUUUUUUCUUGUAUACUACGGUCUGUUUAUUUACCUUGUGUUUUUGCAUAGUCCUGAGUUUUGUUUAUUUGGAUUUCCUAAUAUCUAUUGUGAUGUUACGAUAGUUCAUGUUUGACUGCUUUGAUAAGUGCCAAAAUAUUGCUUGUAUUUUUACAAUGGAAAUUUUUUUGUGUAUGUUUUCUGCAGCAGCAGUUGGUUACAAUGUUGACUCAAUCUGUUACUGGGUCUGGGACACUGUUUAUUACACAGAUAGAAUUGAAAUUAUAUAUACACUCAAUCAGAACGUGUGUGAUAAAACGUAGAUUGGACAGUUUUGACCAUGAAAAAAUAAAUAAAUUCACAUAUUCAAUUUAGA